AUGGUCCUGCGUAAAAGCCCUAACGUACAGCUGUACGAGAAACGCCCGCAUUUGCUGACACAAGCAGUCGAUUCAGACUCGUCACUUUACGCUGCCGUCGACGCAGGCGACUGGUCCUCCCCAGGUCUCGGAGCCCCCGUGGAUCCCAACCAGCCCAGAUUUGUGAAACUCCCCAGCGGCGUACGAUUCCAGGAACUUAACAUAGGCUCCGGGCCGGUUGCGGGCCCCGGCGACGCCGUACUGUUCGACUAUGUACUGCGCCGCAGUAACGGCUACUUCAUAUACGGCACUGUGGAGGGCGUGUCUUUCCAACCUCUUGACGUCCCUACAGCGCCUGUGGCGGCCAAGUUGGGGAGUGGCGAGCUCGUUCCGGGCUUAGAGGAAGUGCUGACGGGCAUGUCCCCGGGCGCCAAGCGCCGCGCGGUCAUCCCCCCGGAGCUGGGUUACGUGGGGGGAGGAGAGCUGCCGCAGCCGCCCACAUUCGCCACAAAACGCCAAUUGGAAAACCACCGCAAGGAGCCUUUACUUUUCGAGGUUCAAAUGCUGCGAGUGGGUGGCCGCAAACAGUAA